AUGACGCGAAGUAGCAUGAAUCCAGAGCGCCAGUACUUAGAUGUUAAAUAUAGCAACAUAUAUUAUCAAGUCAGGGUGACAUUAACUUUCAAAGGAAGAAUACCAAAGUCCAUUGGAAAGUUGACGCAGUUUGAAUCCUUAGAUUUCUCAGUUAACCAGUUAAAUGGAAGAAUUCCAGAUGAGCUUGUAGGUCUCACAUUCCUUUCUUUCUUGAACCUAUCUUUUAAUCAACUUUCUGGUAGGAUUCCAAGAGGCAACCAAUUUCAGACGUUUUCAGCAGAUUCCUUUGAAGGGAACGCGGGGUUGUGCGAUUUUCCUUUAAAGAAAACAUGCAGUGAAACCAAAGCGCUGAAUGAAUUGCCACAACCGAACAGCCACUCUGAUCAUGAAAUAGUUGACGAGAAAUAUAUAAGUUUUUCCUUGGGAUCUUCUGUGAGUUUUGGCAUUAUAAUCUGGCUGCUUUUGUAUAGCCGAAGAUACAAUGAGCUCGUUGAUAGACUUCUUUUCAGAAUUUUGGGUCAGCACAAAAAGAGUAGAUCUAUGAAUAAAAGCCGAAGGAGGUCAAGGUGGGAUGAAAACACUGAUUGUUGCCAGUGGCCAGGUGUAAGUUGUGAUCAGGAAGGUCAUGUGCUUGUUCUGGAACUGGACGACGAAACAAUUUCUGGUGGAGUUGAGAACUCAACCAGUCUAUUUGAUCUCAAGUAUCUUGAAAAGCUGAAUUUGGCUUAUAAUUACUUGUACUCUACUCAAAUACCAAAAGAAAUUUAUCAGCUCACAAACUUGAAGUACCUGAAUUUGUCAUAUGCUGGUUUUGAGGGGCAGAUUCCAAUGGAAUUGUCAAGAUUGACAAAAGAACUUUAUCUUGACGGCGUGAACAUUUCAUUGAAUGGGAGUGAUUGGUGCUCGGCUUUAUCUUCAUCUCUCCCUCAGUUAACAGUGUUAAGCAUGAUAGGUUGUGACAUUUCAGGCCCUCUUGAUUCCGCCCUUCUAAAUCUUCAUUUCCUUUCAAUCAUUCGUCUCGAUUAUAACAUGUUAUCCACUGUAGUUCCAGAAUUUCUAGCAAAUUUUACAAAAUUGACAACCCUCAGUCUCAGUAAGUGCAACUUGCGAGGUGUAUUUCCAAGUAAAAUCUUUCAAAUACCAACUUUACAUGAGCUUGAUUUAUAUGAUAAUGAAAACCUCACUGGAAUUUUACCUGAAUUUCCGAGGGAUGGUUCAUUAAGGGAUGUAGACCUUAGCUACACGAGUUUCACCGGUACACUUCCAGAUUCAAUUUUUAACCUCACAACCUUAACCAAGAUUGACGUACUUCAAAUUCAGAAUAAUCGCUUCAGUGGAGAAGUCCAUGAAUUUGCUAAUGCAUCCUCUUCUGUUCUGGAAACACUUGAUUUGAGCAAUAACCAUCUAAAUGGAUCGAUCCCUCG